AUGAGAAGAACCUUUAAGCGAAGAAGACUCGCCUCGAUUAAAGAUUCCAAUGAGAUUGAAGGUCCAACAUUGAGAUCCUGCAAUGUUUCCACAGAAGAGGAUGCUGCGGGACUUCUGUCUCGAGUGAAAGAUGAAACAAAUGUGACUAAUUCAAAGUUGUCUAUCAAGAAUAGUAACAAAUCAUAUUCUGAAGAUAUAAAGCCAAGAGGCGUGUUUUACAAAAAAUUAACAGACGGUAAUUAUACUUGUGAUAUAUGCCACUCGACGUUUGAACAAAAAAGCAAAAUCAUGCGACACAUAACAAGUAAACAUAGCUUUCACAGGCCGUUUAAAUGCUCAAUUUGUUCGAAGGCUUUCAAGUACAAGUGUGACUUGAAGGCGCAUAAGUUGAUCCAUGAAACAAUUGACUCUAGCAUGUUACACAGGUGCGAUAAGUGCGAUUAUGGUACAAAGACAAAAAAUAACCUGAAGUCGCACUACAUCAGAAAACACACCGAUGAUUACAAAUUCUCAUGUGAACACUGUGGGAAAAGAUUCAAAAUGGAGUGGGAUCUGAAGUUUCACGUCGGUACACAUGGCAGCUCGCAGCAUAUGUGUGACAUAUGUGGACGAUUUUAUACAAGUAGCUACUCUCUGUACAAGCACAGGAAAGUUGCUCAUCUUAAUGACUAUAAGUAUCAAUGCAGCGUUUGUAACAAGAGACUUUUGACUCAGGAGAAUCUCGACAAUCACAUGCUGCAGCACAGUCAGACGUACACUUGCAAGGAAUGCGCAAAAGUAUUUGCCUCGAAACGGUACCUUUCUACUCAUAUGACGACUCACACUGGCGUUAAGCCUUAUCCCUGCCACGUGUGCGAGAAAAACUUUCGUACCUCGCACAUGAGGAAUACGCAUUUACUUACGCACUCAGCUGAACGCCCCCACAUAUGUGAUCUUUGUGGUCAGGCAUUCAAGAGAAGAUAUUACAUGAUUGAACACCGUCGGAAGCAUCCCGACGCUCACCUUUCGUCUCCACCUGUACCACUGGGUAGUAUAAGAGGAAAUCUCGGAAAUAUUGCACCCGAAUCCUCGGCUUAG